AGGAAGAAUGUCUCUGUGACGUCAUUCCUGAAUGUUUCUGAGCGAAUAAAAGAGAGAGAAUAAAAGUUCUCUCAGAGUCACGUCAGACAUCUUUUCACCUUCAGGUCCAAACGUGUGCUCAGCUUCUUGUGAUUGAUCCAAAGUUCUACUGACCGCCUCCACAGGUGACACCUCCCCCCUCCACCUGACAGGAGGUGUGGCAGGUUUAACAGCCAACUGGUUUUCGGUGUUACUGCAUUCGCCUCCUGCCUUCCCUCUGCAGCACACCUGAGACCACACCUGCACAGCGAUCAGCAUGUCGUGGCAGGGGUUCAUUGACAGUCUGAUGGGAAAUCCAGAGAUCGCUGCAGCUGCCAUCUGUGGCACAGAAGGUCGGGUCUGGGCCGCCACGGACAUGUUUACUGGCAUUACGUCAGAUCAAAUAAAGGCGGUGUGUGGUGAGCCUGGGGAUGGCAGCACGGUUACUUUGGCUGGAGUUAAAGCCAUGGUCAUCACAAAUGAGGCGAGUAAUAAGAUCAAGUUGAUGACGUUGGUCACCAUGAAAAACACAAUGAUAAACGAAAGCAGCCCGCUGGUCAUCGGCUUCAGCACUAAAGCGUUGGUCAUAGGUCUCGGCAAGCCCGGAUACAGGAGUGUGGGCAUCUCUGUGGAGAACAUGACCUCCCACCUGAAGAAAUGUGAUCUCUGAAACAAGAUGGCCGACAACUUCCACCUGUUUGCAUCUGAGCUCACGGCAAUGACGUCUGUGCUGCAUGAUGUCUGUUAUCAUAAAGGGAUGAAUUAAAAGGUUUUCAACAUUCAA